AAUUAUGUUUGUAUAGCAUGCGUUCAACGAUUCACAUUUUUUUUUCGCUACAAUUCAACGAUUCACAUUCACCAUGAGCCAAAUGCUAACAUAGUUCAAAAAAUAAGAAAAGUAGAUAGGCACACAGUCGCGUGGUAUGUCAGACUCGUGAUAAUUUCUUCCCGGCAUGGGUGUCUAGAAUAGCAUGGAGUUAGAUACUUCGGUUGAUGCAUUGGUGGAAGAAUUCGAGGCAUCAUGGAAGCCAGAAAUGUGCAAAUAUUCAAGGAAAUUAGUCGAGUUCUGCUGCUCGAAGGCACUUCGUAGCGUGUGUUGCCACAUAGCAGAAUUGAUUAAUAAUGAGACGUUCAGCCGGUUCACAUUUGAUAUGAUGCUCGCUUGGGAGAUGCCUAGUUCUACAGAUGAAGAGUCAUAUAUGGAGAGUGUCGCAAAGGAGAAAGAGGAAAAGAGGAUACCAACACAAGCAAUUCCGGAACAAGAUGAUAUCCCACUUUUUUAUUCAGACCUCAUGCCGCUCCUUGUUGAUGAUGGGCCAAGCGUAAGAGAAGAUGCGUUUGUGUGGUUGGGAACACUGGUUCCGUUAGUUGUUGACAUGGUUAAUGGGAAAUUUACUUUCGAAGCUCUGACCGCAAGCACAGCUUACCGACUCUACUUCCCUGCUUAUGACAAAUACUUGAAAGAAAUCGACAAAUGCAUGAAACAUUUACAAAAGCAAGCAAAACCGAAAGGCGUGGAACUAGCAGAUGAUGAGUUUAUACUGCACGUCGAGGGAACAGCAAGCACACAGAGGGUAAUACGGCAUAUUGGAGGAACAAGUUGGCCUGGUAGACUCACGCUAACCAAUUAUGCUCUCUACUUUGAGGCCUCGGGAGUCGUAUCAUAUGAAGAUGCGCUCAAACUUGAUCUUUCAAAGGACAUUGAACAGAGAGUGAAGCCAGCAGCUACAGGCCCAUGGGGUGCUCCCCUUUUCGACAAGGCCAUAGUCUAUGAGUCUGCUGAGUUGAAAGAUCCAGUUGUGCUGGAAUUCCCAGAAGUAACAAGCUCCACAAGACGUGACCAUUGGCUUGCUCUCAUCAAGGAGUUUAUUUUAUUGCACCAAUUUUUGUCAAAAUACAACGUGAAAUUGCCCACGCAAGCAUGGGAGAUGCAUGCAAGGACCAUUUUCGGGAUUAUUAGGCUCCAUGCAGCUAGAGAAAUGCUAAGAAUAUCUCCUCCCAAUCCCAAAAGUUUCUUGAUUUUCGCGUUGUUCGAUGAGUUGCCUAAGGGGGACUAUGUACUGGAAGAGCUUGCAGAGAGUUUGAAGAAAGUUGAUAGUGUGCACCCGUGUAGCGCCAGCUCAAUUUUAAGGUGUACGAAUGUGUCCCAACUGGUUGUCUCGAAUCUAGAGGUAGCAGAUGCAGUCGGAGAAAGGAUAAGUGUGAGCGGCCAAGCUGAAAAUCUCUCAUCGUUGGAGAGUACUAUCGAUCAAGUCAGACAGGAAGCAAAAGAAGUUGUAGCUGCCAAAGCUACAACCGAGGGGCUAAAAGAGGACGGAGUGAGUGAGAGUGUUCUUGUUCUCAUGGAGCUGCUGAAGCCACUUAAAAAUGUUUUACCAUGGUUUGAAGAAGUCCUUACGUGGCAAAAACCAGCAACCACCGUCAUCGUGAUUGCCACGUCUCUACUGAUCGUCUACAAGGAGUGGGUUGGAAAGGCACUAGCGGUCUGCUUAUUAUGGAUGGUGGCAAAGAUGGUUCAGGCAAGACUACAAGGUAUUCGAAACAAGUACAACAAGAUAGUUCUGAGCACAGCCUCUGACAAGACAACAAUGGAGAGUAUAGUAUCGGCACAACACGGAUUGAAAACUGCACAGGACAUAGUGCAGAUGGCAAACAUUUCAAUAUUGAAAAUCUGGUCGAUAUUGGUCUCAAAGGCCCCUAAGCACACAGAUAUGGUAAUGAUGGCUUUGACCGGAUUGGCAAUCAUAUUAGCAGUGAUUCCUUUCAAAUAUAUCCUUAUGGCAAUUAUAUUGUGUUGCUUCACUACGUCAUCAAAACUGGGGAAGCACGCGGCAAAUAAGCAAGGGAACCGACGCUUGAAGGAAUGGUGGGAUUCGAUUCCAAUUAUUCCUGUUGAAGUCAUUGACAACGUUCCUGAUACCCAAACAUAAUUUAAGCUGCCGAGUUAUAUUUGUUAUUUCCAUUUGUUUUAUUCUCUCUUUUGUUCCUGUGCUGUUAGUUUCUUUCUCUACCGUUGUCGUAAAAGAUAGUACAGACUAUUUCCAUUUCGCAUAUAUUUAUACGGUUACUAGUCGAGAUAGGACAUAUGUUUUGGUUACUGUGAUCACUAUAAGACUUUUAGAAAACAGAAAAAGAUUAUAUGCAAAACCUUAAACAAAAUUGUGUUCAAAAGUUAAAUUGUUUCGUUU